AUUUUGUGUAAUAUAUAUGUAUAUAUAAUAUAUAAAAUUAUAUUUUUUAAACGUAACACUGUGUAUUCAACCUUUUCACAAGAUGUUAGUUUUCCAAAGUUAUAGAUAAAAUAGCGCGUUUUUGAAAAAUUAAAGAAAAAUCUAUAUAGCCGCUAUUUAUCGUUGAUUAUCGUUCAAAUGGAUCGUUGUCCAGCUUUUCUCGUAAAACACCAAGUUGUCAGGCCGAUAUAUAUAUAUUAUAUUAUACACUUAGGCGAUUAUCCUUGAGAUUCGCGCAUGCGCUACUGUCAAAUUUGUCGUACGCGACGUCACUUUAAUCAAUAUAUCGGAUGACGUCACACAAAGGGUUUUCACCUGCCCGCUCCGUUGUUCUACGCGACACGGCUACACACUUCGAAUCUCUUUUCAUUCUCUGUUCAUCAUGAGCGGUAUGGAUUCAAUGGCUUCUGUUAUACGUCUACUGUCAUACUGUCACGCGUUCUUCCCCCUCGUCUUCGGCGAAUCUGCCGCGUUGUAGCGUCGAGGAACUACGUUUCCCAUCAUCGGCGAUCGUCGUCGUAGAAAGGGAGCAUUUAUUUUAUUCGAAACCCUUCGUCGAUCCGCGUCGUCCGCGCCAUCCGUGAGCCAACUGCCACCUCCGCCACCGUCGACGCCGACGCCGACGCCGACGCCUCCACCGCCGCCGCCACCACCGCCACGGAGAUCAUAGUACUGUCGCGUACCCUCGAGUAACCGAGUAAGUCGAGCGUAGUCCAGUAUUCCCGAAUCCGCGAAUGCGAAGUACGACCUGGACGUAUUUCGCCGGCCGCCUCUCGUCACGAUGCUACCACUCGCGGUGAUCGCGCUCUUCCUCCUCGCCGGCAUGACGACCUCCGAAGUCUUUACCAACUCGUUCCUGGUAAGGAUGCGGCAGCCAGCGGAGAAGCAUGUAGCCGAUCAUGUAGCACUGAGGAAUGGCUUCGUCAAUCUAGGAUCGGUUUUGGGCAGUCAGACGGAGUAUCAUUUCGUACAUAGAGCUUUACCUCAUGUACGAAGCAAACGAUCUGUGCCACACACGCGAAGAUUAAAGGUCGACCCUUUGGUGGCCACGGCGAUACAGCAGGCUGGUUUCAAGAGAGUGAAAAGGGGCUAUAAACCUCUGAGCGUAGACAACCUUAUACCAUUGUACGAAAUUAAGAAUCCGACGAAUCUCGGAAGCAAAGAUCCGACGGAUCCCUUCUUCAAACAUCAGUGGUAUUUGAAAAAUGUCGGACAGAAUGGCGGUAAACCGAAGCUGGAUCUGAAUGUCGAGGCUGCGUGGGCUCAGGGUAUCACGGGAAAAAAUGUGACGACUGCCAUCAUGGACGAUGGUGUCGAUUAUGUGCAUCCGGAUCUCAAAUAUAAUUAUAACGCUAAGGCUUCUUACGACUUCAGCAGUAACGAUCCUUAUCCGUACCCGAGAUACACCGACGACUGGUUUAACAGCCAUGGUACGAGAUGCGCCGGGGAGGUUGCGGCUGCGCGCGAUAACGAAGUUUGCGGCGUCGGGGUGGCGUACGAUUCCAAGAUCGCCGGGAUCCGGAUGCUGGAUCAACCCUACAUGACCGAUUUGAUCGAGGCGAACAGUAUGGGCCACGAACCCGAUCUCAUUGAUAUCUAUAGCGCCUCCUGGGGACCCACGGACGACGGGAAAACGGUGGACGGACCGCGAAACGCGACCAUGAGAGCCAUUGUACGCGGCGUUAAUGAGGGCAGGAACGGUCUGGGUAAUAUUUAUGUCUGGGCUUCCGGGGAUGGCGGAGAGGAGGAUGAUUGUAAUUGCGAUGGAUACGCCGCUAGUAUGUGGACUAUCAGUAUCAACAGUGCCAUUAAUGACGGUCAGAAUGCCCACUACGACGAGAGCUGUUCUAGUACCUUAGCUUCUACUUUUAGCAACGGUGCCAAGGAUCCUAACACAGGAGUGGCUACUACAGAUCUGUAUGGAAAAUGCACGACGGCUCAUAGUGGGACGUCCGCCGCUGCACCGGAAGCUGCGGGGGUGUUCGCGCUAGCUCUCGAAGCCAACUCGCAAUUAACCUGGAGAGAUAUUCAGCACCUGACCGUCCUAACUUCAAAAAGGAAUUCUCUGUUUGACGCGAAGAACAGAUUUCAUUGGACCAUGAACGGCGUUGGGCUCGAGUUCAAUCAUCUUUUCGGAUAUGGCGUUUUGGAUGCGGGCGCUAUGGUGGCGCUGGCUAAAAAGUGGAAGACGGUACCACCGAGAUAUCACUGCGAAGCUGGAUCUAUGAUGGAAACGCAGCAAGUCACGAGCGACCGAUCCAUCCUCGUGAAGAUUAAGACCGAUGCAUGUGCCGGAACGGAAUACGCUGUCAAUUAUUUGGAACACGUGCAAGCCGUCAUUACCGUAAAUGCAACUCGGCGCGGUGAUCUCGAACUGUUUCUUACGUCUCCGAUGGGUACGAGAUCUAUGAUCCUAAGUCGUAGAGUGAACGAUGACGAUCACAGGGACGGAUUUACAAAGUGGCCGUUCAUGACAACGCAUACGUGGGGCGAGUAUCCUCAGGGAACUUGGAUGCUAGAGGUAAGUUUCAACACGCAGAAACCCCAACACGGAUGGCUGAAGGAAUGGACGUUGAUGCUCCACGGUACCAGGGAACCACCAUACACGGCAUUAUCAACUGCGGAUCCUCACUCGAAAUUAGCGAUUGUCAAAAAGGCCCAUGAGGAGCGACUGAGCGCAAUCUAAUGACAUUGACGACGGUCCAACGCGAUUAUCGCCGAUUCAGGCGACGAAAAUGGGAAUAUUCCGAUCGAAAGAUGUUUACGCGAGCGCUCCCCUUUCCGCUUUUCUAAUUUCGCGUCGCGCGGCUGAAUUAACAAAUAUAUUCCGAUCCAGUUGCGCGACGACCGCAUCACCCGUGCCAAUCUCCAUCGUCAUUCGUUAUUUUACAACAGGCUGUCACCUAUUCGUAUCGAGAUCGUUGAAGAGAAGUAGAUUCACUCUUUACUGGAAUCGCGUUUGUCUAAGUACGGUGUCAACAAUAAUUACAUAUCAUGUCGUUUAUAUCCAAACUUACAUUAUUAAGAAUGUAGAUUUCUAUAUCGAAUGUUUUUUUUAAACGCUCCUCUACCGAGAAAAAGAUUAACCUAUUAUCACUCAGCGAUCCAGUUGAAAAACAGUUUUGUUUGCAUCCUUCUGAAAAAUUCUGAUAAAAUAUGCGAGAUAUAUAUUCCGCUUACAAAAUUAGAUACGAUUAUUUUAAUCUCGAUGCAUCUUUUACGAUUUUUCAAACUCUUUGUUCUAUCUAAUCAGAUACUAAGCAGAAAAAA